AUGGCAACAGACAUUCCCAAGAACGUUCAUGUAUCGGCUCACCCGUGCCUGCUGGCCAAGCUCAGCCAGCUCAGAUCUAACAAGACCAGUCCGAAGGAGGUCAAGUCCCUCAUCAAUGAUAUCUCGUUGAUCCUGGGGUGUGAGGCCCUCGCCGCAUCGGUCACCUCGGUGCCUGGCGCACAGGAUGUCACACCCAUUGGUUUCGAGUAUACAUCAUCUGGCAUAGAACCCAGCAACAUGUGUCUCGUUCCUAUUCUGAGAUCCGGUCUCGGCAUGGUUGAAGCCAUUCAAACCUUGCUGCCCAGCCCGGUCCCAGUCCACCACCUAGGCCUCUACCGCGAGCCCACCACCCUGGAGCCAGUAGAGUACUACAACAACCUCCCCAACCACCUCACCGACCCGGCAGCCGCCUCGGCCCAGGAGCCUCCGGCCCGCAUCGCCUUCAUCCUCGACCCCGUCAUCGCCACCGGCGGGACCUGCGCCGCAGCCAUCCAGACGCUGCGCGAGUGGGGCGCCCACAAGGUCGUCGUCCUCUCCGUGGCCGGCGCCGUGGCCGGCGUCAAGCGCGCGGCCGCCGAGUGGCCCGAGGGCGUCGAGAUCUUCAUCGCCGGCAUCGACCCGGAGCUCACCAAUGAGGGCAUGCUGAGGCCCGGGCUCGGCGACGUCGGCGACCGGCUGUUCCUGACGAUCGGGAAGUAG